AUGAUUAUUAAAGAAAUUAAAGGAAGAUAGAUUAUAGACAGUAGAGGAAUACCGAGUAUAGAAGUAGAUUUAAAAACAAGCGAUGGAAUAUUUACAUCUAGUUGUCCUUCGGGAUCUUCUACUGGUGUAUAUGAAGCAAUAGAAUUAAGAGAUAAAGAUCAAAAUUGUUUUUCAGGUAAUUCUUUAUAUAAAGUUUUAGAAAAUAUUAAAAUUAUAGAAAAAGAAUUAAUUGGAUAUAAUGUUUUAAAACAAGAAGAAUUAGAUAAAUUUAUGAUUAAAUUAGAUGGAACUAAAAAUAAAAAGAAAUUUGGUGCUAAUGCGAUUUUACCUAUAUCUAUAUGCAUAUGUAAAGCAGCUGCAAAACAUUUAAAUAUUCCUCUAUAUGAAUAUAUAAAUAAAUUAUGUAAUUUAAAAAAUGAAAAAUAUUAUUUACCAUAUCCUUCUUUUAAUAUAUUAAAUGGUGGAAAACAUUCAGGAAAUAAUGUUACUUUUCAAGAAUUUAUGAUAAUGCCAUAG